UGUUCAAUCUUUCUCCAUCUUCAAUAUACUGGGGGAGUGAGAGACUGAUUUGAAAAACCGCAGGAGGGCCCUUUCAUCUUCUCGCUUUUUUUUUUCCCGGGGAAAGAGGGAAAACCAAAACACUGACAAGAGUUGUGAGACUGUAGGGGCGGGGCUUCUUCUUUAAUCUCUCAAAUGGCUCCUCCUUCCAAAGUUCUGAUGGUUGCAGAGAAGCCUAGUAUCGCUCUUUCUAUUGCUUCCGUUCUCUCCCGUGGCCAGAUGACUACGAGGAGAGGAAGCACGGAGGUCCAUGAAUUUGAUGGAAUAUUUAUGGAAUUUUCUGCACAUUACAAAGUAACAUCUGUUAUAGGCCAUGUCUUCAGUGUAGAUUUUCCAGGGUCAUAUCAAGAUUGGACAGCAACAGAUCCUAUAGAUCUUUUUCAAGCACCAAUUCGUAGGACAGAAACAAACCCAAAGGCUCAUAUCUGUAGGCAUCUAAGUCAAGAAGCUCGCAGCUGUAGUCAUUUGGUAUUAUGGCUAGAUUGUGAUCGUGAAGGAGAGAAUAUAUGUUUUGAAGUUAUUGAGUGUGCUGGCUUUUAUACUAAUGAUGCUAGGAGAAGAGUUUAUCGUGCACGGUUUUCUUCAGUUACUGAGAAAGACAUCCUGAAGGCAAUGGACAAUCUUGUUGAACCAAACAAAGAUGAAGCAUUGGCUGUAGAUGCUCGGCAAGAGAUAGAUUUAAAAGUUGGUGUUGCAUUUACUCGGUUUCAGACUAGUUAUUUCCAGGGAAAAUAUGGGAAUCUUGAUUCCAGAGUUAUCUCGUAUGGCCCAUGUCAGACCCCUACUCUUGGGUUUUGUGUGCAAAGAUAUUUGCAAAUUACUACAUUCAAGCCAGAAAAGUUUUGGUCGUUACGCCCCCACAUUCUAAAGAAUGGUUAUGAACUUCAGCUAGAAUGGGAACGGUCCAAGUUGUUUGAUUUGGAUGCUGCAAUGAUGUUCCAAAAGUUGGUAAUUGGUGACGGAAUUGUAAAAGUAAGUGGUAUAUCAGAAAAACAGGAAAGCAAAGGUCGUCCUUCUGGUCUUAACACGGUGAACCUAUUAAAGGUUGCUUCAAGUGCCUUAGGCUUUGGACCUCAAAUGGCCAUGCAACUAGCCGAGCGCUUGUAUACUCAAGGUUUCAUCAGCUAUCCACGUACUGAAAGCACAGCGUAUCCUUCUUCAUUUGACUUCAAGGGUGCACUCCGGGCUCAAACAGAUAAUCCAAUAUGGGGUGAUUAUGUCCGUGGGCUGCUUGCUGAAGACUUUUGUAAACCACGGUUAGGAACAGAUGCAGGUGAUCAUCCUCCUAUUACUCCAAUGCGUUCAGCAACCGAGGAUAUACUGGGAAAAGAUGCUUGGAGAUUAUACCAGUAUGUUUGUCAACAUUUUAUGGGGACUGUGUCUCCUGACUGCAAGUAUAUAAGGACAAAGGUGGAAUUUUCAAUAGGUGGAGAAUCCUUCUACUGCACAGGGCAGCGUGUUACAUUUCCUGGAUUUACGUCUAUAAUGCCAUGGUUGGCUGUAAAUGAGAAAAAUCUUCCUCAGUUUGCAAAAGGAGAAAAAAUUGAGGUUUCAAAAGUGGAGUUACAUGAGGGAAAUACUGUGCCUCCUGAGUAUCUUAGUGAGAGUGAGUUGAUCUCUUUGAUGGAGAAAAAUGGGAUAGGUACUGAUGCAUCAAUACCUGUGCAUAUUAACAACAUAUGCGAGCGCAACUAUGUCCAGGUACAAGCUGGCAGGAAGUUGGUUCCAACUCCAUUAGGAAUCACACUAAUAAGGGGGUAUCAAUGCAUUGAUCCUGAUCUUUGUUUACCAGACAUUCGCAGUUUCAUUGAGCAUCAGAUUACUCUUGUUGCAAAGGGUCAGGCUGAUCAUUCUUCUGUUGUGCAUCACGUACUUAACCAAUUCAAACAGAAGUACAGUUAUUUUGUUAAGCAGAUUGAGAGCAUGGAUGCACUAUUUGAAGCACAAUUCUCUCCCCUUGUGGACUCAGGACGUGUUCUCAGUAAAUGUGGCAAAUGCGUACGGUACAUGAAGUAUAUUUCUUCACAGCCACCACGUCUAUAUUGUGGUACAUGCGAGGAGGUUUAUUAUCUUCCUCAAAAGGGCGCUGUCAAGCUAUACAAAGAACUUACUUGUCCACUUGACAACUUUGAGCUCUUGAUCCUUUCCAUGCCUGGUCCAGAAGGCAAGUCCUUUCCUCUCUGCCCAUACUGCUACAAUAGUCCUCCCUUCGAAGGUGUAGAGAGACUGUAUGGUGCCACUAAGACCAGUAGUUUCGGAAAACUCGGGAAGGGGGCAGGGAUGCCAUGCUUUCUCUGCCCUCACCCCACAUGCCGGCAUUCUCUGAUAUCCCAAGGUGUAUGUGCUUGCCCAGAAUGUAGCGGGACACUUGUUUUAGAUCCAGUAAGUGCACCCAAGUGGAGACUUUAUUGCAAUACAUGCAACUGCCUCGUCUUUCUCCCGGAAGGUGCUCACCGAAUUGCCACCACUCAGGAUAGAUGUUCUGAUUGUGAUUCAACAAUUCUAGAGGUGGACUUCAAUAAGAAAACAACUCCAUUGGAGAAUGGAGCUACUUUGCAUACUGGUUGUAUUCUCUGUGAUGAGUUGCUUCAUUCUCUUGUGGAGCUGAAACAUGGCAGAUCAUUUUCCAAACGAAUGGGAAUGAGAAGACGAGGACGGGGAAGAGGAAUGGGGCGAGGUGGUAGUAGGGGAAAAUUUCGGGGUUCUGGGAAAAUGGUGGAUCCAAAAAUGAGUUUCCGGGACUUUUAAAGGUUUGUUGAAGUCAAGAUGCAUUUAGCAUCAUGAGGCUAUACAGGUGCCAUAUAUAUACCAUUUCGCUGAAUAUGUAUGUACACCAGUGAAAAAGUUUGCUAUUAAGCUGACCUGGUAGUCAAUAAGAAUGGAAGAAAUUUAUGUAUAAUAACGAUGCAUAGGGCAUUUGCAGGAAGUCAUUACUAAUGUUACUUUCA